AGAAAAUGACUGUGCCUUAGCAUCCACAAGUCUCUCUUUUUCCAUAUAUAACGCAGAGUGAGUUAUCUUUCCAAAGAAAACAAAAACGUUUCACACUCACUUUUUUGUUUUCUGGUUCUCAUAUAAUGAGGUGCUAGGGAGUUUCAUUUCUUCAUUAUUGUCUCUCUUUUCAUUCUCUUUUUCUGUGCUUUGAAAAUGAGUGGGAUUCCCGAAGAGCCCGUUUCUCUUGAUCUGCUGAAGAAGAAAAUGAGUGACUUUGCAAAGGAGAGGGAUUGGGAACAGUUUCACAGCCCAAGGAACCUCCUUUUGGCAAUGGUGGGUGAAGUGGGAGAGUUGUCUGAGAUAUUUCAGUGGAAAGGUGAGGUUCCAAAGGGACUUCCAGAUUGGAAAGAAGAGGAAAAGAUUCAUCUUGGUGAAGAGCUUUCAGAUGUGUUGCUUUACCUUGUCAGGCUCUCUGACAUGUGUGGUGUUGAUCUUGGCAAAGCUGCUCUAAGAAAGGUUCAACUCAAUGCUAUCAAAUACCCCACAAAAGUUUCUCAAGACCCUUCAACCAGCAACUCAACACCAAUUCAUAAUGCAACUCAAGAUGCUUGAUCAUGAUCCAUUAGUGCAUGCAUAUGGAUAUUAUAGUUUUGCUGUUUUAGUACGAAAUUAUGGCUUUGGUAUAUGUUCUUCUAUAAAUUCCAUGGAGGCUAGUAUUUUUGGAUUGGUUUGCUAUUAAGCUCUUUUAUUCUCACCUAUGUGUUACUGUUUUGGCAUAUUGUAGCCAAUCAUAUUAGAUGAGUCGAAUAAUACAUGAGAUUUGGUGAAAUGCAUGUCUUCGGUCAAUCUUG